AUGGCGCCGUCUCCUCCGAUUUCCACCAGGUAUGAACCUCUCGCCGUUUUACUCGCCACUUCAGGUGCAGGAGCAGGAGCAGCAGCACCAUUACCUGGUGGAUUGGACAAUUUGCCCGCUGCGAACACCCUCGGUGAUGCCGCAGAGGUUCUUCCUCCUGCCGAGGUUGCAGCAUCUGAGGUUCUUCCUCGUCGCCAUCACCAUCUUCCUGCUCCGCGGCGUGGCUCCGGGGAUCCCUUGGCCAACGUCGAGCAGCUGCAGGUCAAGUUUCUUCGGCUGGCCCAUCGGAUGGGAAUUUCCCCGGGGAAUCGGAUGGUCGCACAGGUCUUGUACAGGCUGCAGCUUGCUGGUGCGAUUCGCUCCGGCGAGGCAGACUCAGAGAGGCCCAGCCUGAAGAUCAGUGAAGCCAGGGACAUGGCGGCGGCGAUGGAGGCGGCGGGCCAAGCCGACUUGGACUUCUCCUUCAAGAUCCUGCUUCUGGGGAAGACCGGCGUGGGCAAGAGCGCCACCAUCAACUCAAUCUUCGAUCAGGAGAUGGCUGAAAUCAGUGCCUUCGAGCCUGCCACACGCCGUAUCAGAGAGAUUGCAGGAACUGUGAAGGGGAUCAGGGUCACGACAAUUGACACGCCGGGCCUCUCGCCCUCUUCUUCCCACAGUAGUCAACGGCACAACAGGAGGGUUAUGCUUUCGAUCAGAAGGUUCAUCAAGCGGUCUCCUCCGGACGUUGUUCUGUACUUUGAUCGACUCAACGGCGCCGGCACCGCCGGUGGCGGCGAUCUUCUUCUGCUGAAGCUCGUCACCGACGUCCUGGGCUCCUCGAUCUGGUUCAACGCCAUCCUGGUCUUUACCCAUUCGUCGGCCGUCUUCGAGGGUCCCUCUGGUUCUCCCGUCAGCCAUGAAUCUCUCCUGAACCAGUGCGCCAAUUUGAUCCAGCAUUGCAUCAAUCAGGCCAUAUCCGACACUCGGCUGGAGAUCCCCGUCUUGUCAGUGGAGAACGACCCUUCUUGCAGAACUAACACGGCUGGGGAGAAGGUCCUCCCCAAUGGGCAACCAUGGCGGCUGGAGUUCCUGCUUCUGUGCGCCUCCAUGAAGGUACUGGUCGAUGCCAAUGCCAUGCUCAGGUUCCAGAACACCAUCCAGGUGGGGCGACGGCGCAACAGCAGGGCUCCUUCCCUGCCGCACCUCCUCUCGUCGCUGCUCCAGCCGCGGCCCACGCCUGGCACUGGUGGCUCCGACGGCUUAUUGGCGGCGGAGGAGCUCGCCGGGGUGGAAGACGAAGGUGACGACUAUGACGAGCUGCCGCCCUUCAGAGCUCUCUCGAGAGCCCAGUUCCAGAAGCUACCCAAGUCCCAGAAGAACGACUACCUCGACGAGCUGGACUACCGCGAGACUCUGUACCUGAAGAAGCAGCUCAAGGAGGAGCUCCGGCGGCGCCGCCGGGGGGCCGAACCUGGCGACGGCGAGGCUCCAGAAGAAGUGGCGGUGGCGGAGACGGCAGUGCCGCUGCCGGACAUGCCCGUCCCCCUGAGCUUUGACCCAAACUGCCCAGUCUACAGGUACCGCUCUCUGGCUCACGACGACCAGUGGCCUGCCGCCCGCCCUGUCUUGGACUCGCAGGGCUGGGACCACGACAUCGGCUUCGACGGGGUCAACGUCGAGGUCUCCGGCGACCUGGGCGGCGCCACCCGAUCGUCCCUCGUCGGGCAGGUCAACAAGGACAAGAAGGACUGCAGCUUCCUUGCCGAAUGCGCCACCAAGUACUCGCCUUUGAGCUGGUGCGACCUCUCGGCGGAGGCUGACUUUCAGACGGCGGGGGAGGAGCCGGUCUUCUUCAACCUCCGGGCGGGGGCCACGGCCAGGGGCCGCCGCAACGCCGCCAGCUGUGGCGUCUCGUUGACUUCCCUUUCUGGGGAGGUCAGUGCCGUCGGGGCCAAGGUGGAGGACUCCGUCCAGGUGGCGAGGAGGUUCAGGGUCUCAGCGAGCUCAGGCUUCGUCCGUGGCCAAGGCGGCGCCGCCGCCUGCGGGGGCGGCCUCGAGGCGACCUUCCUGGGAAGAGACUACCCCGCGAGGGACGACAGGGCGACUUUGGGGUUGACCCUCCUGGCCUUUGACCGGGAGGUCGUCCUUGGCGGCGCCCUCCGGUCAGAUUUCCGGGCCAGCCGGACUACGAGGAUGGCGGUGAACGCCAGCUUGAACAGCCGCAGCCUCGGCCGCCUCUCCUUGAAGACCACUACCUCCCAGGACGUCCAGAUCGCCCUCCUGGGCCUGGCCAUCUCUCUUCUCCAGGGACUCCUCCGGCGAAGGCUCGCCGCCGCCGCCCACCACAGUGGCGACGACGACACUCUGCAAGAAUUCUAG